AUGCGCAAGUUCCCCAUCGGCCCGCGCACGGGCGAGCUGGCCGUUUGGAGGAACGUGUUUCUGGUGGUGUGUGCACCAGAGGAGGGCCAUUAUGGGUUCAUGCCGUGCGAUAAGGAGCACAAGCAGAACCAGGACAACAUCACAUUCGACCCUGGGUUUCUCUUCCCCAACGAUGCAUUCACCCGCCUCGCACACGCCAUGGCUGAUGCCAUGGGCGGCCUACACUGCUUUGACUACAUACACGUGCGGCGGGGGGACAAGCUGGACGCUAGGCGCUGGCCGCACUUGGAUCGAGGCACCCGGCCCAAAGCAAGCUCUCAUCGCUCGUCCCUCCGAACAGCGCUCUCUAUAUCGCAACCAAUGAGCCACACCCCCACUCCUCCAAAUAGCUGUCUCUCUCCUCUUCCACCUGCGUCCCCUGUCCUGCCCAGCCUCCUACAGAAGCUCCCAUCGCUCGUCCCUCCAAACAGCACUCUUUACAUCGCAACCAAUGAGCCACACCCCCACUUCUUUGACCCUCUUAAGGCUGCAUACAGCGUGUACAUUCAAGAGGAUUUUGAAUCUCUCUGGGCCAAAGGGUUGGCGUGGGAAGCCGAGAUGAGGGAGGUUGCUGCUUCGGUGGGUGUGGCGGUGGGGGAGAGGGUUGAGUUUGACAGUGAAAUGCAAGUUCUGGUGGACUAUGCUUUAAAGAAGCUCGCGAGGCGGAUGGUUGAGACGUUUAACGACCUGACUGAUGAUCCCAAGGACGCAGGUGUUGUGGACCCUUAA